AUGUCUCUGUCCUUGGAAGAUGUCGCAGUAGUGUGUUAUUUCACAACAAGUCUUGGCAAUCCUGGAAAUAGAGAAAUCCUAAGGUUGUCUGCUAAAUUUGGGGAGGAAACAUUUGCUACUUGGAUCAAGCCUUCAAAACCAGUUUCACCAGAAAUAGCAAGAUCGAUGCCUAGAUUUAAAUUCACCGAAUCUGGAAUGUUUCUCGACCGAAUAAAACUCUCAACCGUGUCAAUGGAAACGGCUUUGAAGAUGUUUUACGUAUUUCUCAAAUUUAUACCAAAGCCAGCUUUACUUGUUACCUUUACCAGUGAAUAUGAGUCCAUGCUCUUACUUCGAUUCAUUGAAAAAAAAGGCAUGUUGUACAGGUUCCGGAAAGUUAUAGCCGGAUUUUCAAAUACUUUGCCACUCUUCCGACAAUUUUUACCGAACCAGGAUAUGACACUAUCCAAUCUAACCAUGAGGUUGCUGAAUAGACGAUAUUCAAAUCAAUGGCCUGAAGCAUCGUAUGCUUUGGAUUGUUUGAACCAACUUGUAUUUAGCCAGCUAUUUGUAGCUGAGCUUAUCAGGAUCCGAGUACCUUUACCGAUGAGAGCACCUUUUCUAUCCGAUGCGCAGCAAGCUCAUGGAAAAAAAGUUCAGAAUAAUGCACGUGUCAACCCAGCUGAUACAUUCCGCGAUCGAUUCGAAUAAUCCUAUCAAUGAACCAUUGGAAAUUUAAAAUGUUUAUUCAUAAUAUUACUGUAUUUUUACUUUGCUGAAUACAAAGUUUUAGACCAUA